AUGGAAGAAAAUCAGAAGAUGCCGGUCGUGGAGGACGUGCCGAUUUCACCUGCCUCCGAAAAAGAACCAGGCUCCCCGGUAUCACCCUCAGAGAGGUCGCCUGCCAAAUCACUACCGUCAUACCGACCCGGCUCGAAAGGAAACAUGACCGAAUCAUCGACUCCUCUCGGCCAGGUGAACGCCGCUCGACGCGGAGUCGUACCGCCUCCGCGACCACUUGCAUCCUUAGGUGGCCAGUCCGGUGGUCUCAAUCAAGAUAUAAUGGCUAGGAUGAAGGCGUUUUCUCUGUCAAGACAAGGCGCUCCGGCGGGACUCGCACAUACUACGUCUACUGGGGGUAUACCAUCAUCGUCGCCGGGAACAGUUCCCACCAACGGUGUUGGUAGCCCCGUUCACGGUUCUCCUCACGCGGUACCGGUUGGUGCCUUUGCUGGAGGGCUGGCAGGACGGCUACCUCCCACCGCACGUCCGCAGGCUCCGAACUGGUCAUCUUCCCCUGUGGUUCCUUCCACAAGUCCUAGGCCGGGCGGAUUGGCUGCUAAACGACUCAAGCCGGGCCUGAAACUCUCAGACGCUACCGCAUCGUCGCCAAUUACCAGAACAUCGCCGGCAGCAAGCGAGAGCGGUGCUCAGGGAUCUGACGGCGCAACCGAGUCUGCAUUUAGCAAGUACUCUGAGUUCAUCGACACCAAAGCAGGUACUCUCAGUUUCAAGAACAAAGCGGUCAUUCACGGUAAUGGCAUUGAGUUUUCGUCAGGCCAGAGUUUCAGCAUAUCGUUAGAUGAAGUAGAUCGACUAGAUGAACUAGGAAAGGGCAACUACGGUACCGUAUAUAAAGUGCGACACAGUCGGCCGCACCUACGAAAACCAGGCCUUGGUCUGUCUGGUAUCGUGAGCCGAGCGACCGCACCAAACGAUGGGUCAUCCCCCGUCUUACGGCCCAACGACAAUCUCACUGGAGUCGUCAUGGCCAUGAAAGAGAUUCGAUUGGAACUAGACGAGAAAAAAUUGACGCAGAUCAUCAUGGAGCUGGACAUUCUUCAUAGAUGCGUUUCUCCUUUUAUAAUUGACUUUUAUGGCGCCUUCUUCCAAGAAGGUGCGGUCUACAUGUGUGUGGAAUAUAUGGAUGGAGGAUCCGUCGACAGGUUAUACGACGGUGGUGUUCCUGAGGAUGUGCUACGGAAAGUGACUCUUUCCACUAUUAUGGGUUUGAAGAGCCUCAAAGAUGAUCACAACAUCAUCCAUCGUGAUGUCAAGCCGACCAAUAUUCUUGCCAACACAAGAGGGCAAGUCAAGAUUUGCGACUUUGGAGUGAGUGGAAAUCUGGUAGCGAGUAUUGCGAAGACGAACAUUGGAUGCCAAAGUUACAUGGCCCCGGAGCGAAUCGCUGGCGGAGGCAUGCAGCAGGCUGGUGCUACCGGUGGCGGAACAUACAGUGUGCAGAGCGAUAUCUGGAGUUUAGGUUUGUCGGUGAUUGAGUGCGCAAAAGGAAGAUACCCGUAUCCUCCUGAGACAUACAACAACAUCUUCAGUCAACUACAUGAAAUUGUACAUGGCGAGCCACCCACUUUACCUGACGAGUUCUCCGACAACGCAAAAUCAUUUGUCCGCGCUUGUUUAGACAAGAACCCCAGCAAUCGACCGAACUAUGCGCAACUGCUUCGGCACCCUUGGUUAACUUCAUUGAUGGAGCCACCUACCUCUACUCCACCCGCCGACGAUGACCAAAGCGUCUCGUCCGAUCAAUCCGCCGAACCUUCUCCCCAGCCAUCGCCGAAUGAAACCGAAGAUACCGAAGUGGCUGCAUGGGUAUCUGGUGCUCUCGAACGACGUCUACACAAUCUUAUGGGCUCCCCGGAAAAGCCAGCGCUGCAUGCAGUGGCGCUGGAUGCUGUUGGUGGCAGUCCUCUGCUAGAAGAACCAUCAACGAUCUCGCCCGCUGUCUGA